AUGAGACAUAGGAGACAAAAUCAUCACCUGCUGCGUCUCAAUUAUACCCCUCCCAGAGGGGGUUCACGCACUAGUGGGCUGGGACAUUUUAGCGCAAAUGGGAAUGAUCCUUACCUCGGAUAUUUAGGAGUGGCCAUUGUUUGGACUUUCCCGAUCCCACUCCGAUGGAAAACAGAAGAACCAGUGUGGAUAGAACAAUGGCCACUGAAAAGGGAAAGUCUAGAGCAAGCCCACAAAUUAGUGCAGGAACAAUUUGAUCAAGGACACCUUCGGCUGUCGACAAGUCCUUGGAACACCCCUAUAUUUGUUAUAAAAAAGAAGUCUGGAAAGUAUCGGUUGCUCCAUGACUUACGAGCAGUUAACAAACAGAUGCAUGUAGACAUGGGAGCACUGCAACCAGGUUUACCUAAUCCUGCAAUGAUACCUGAAAAAUGGCAUCUGCUCAUCGUAGACUUAAAGGACUGCUUUUUCACCAUCGCCCUUCAUGAGGACGACAGACAGAGAUUUGCCUUCACUUUACCAGCAAUUAAUCGCGAAGGACCAGAUCAACGCUUUGAAUGGACAGUCCUUCCUCAGGGAAUGCAUAACUCACCCACUCUUUGCCAGCUCUACGUGAAUGCAGCUCUCCAGCCUUUGCGGAAAUCAUGGCUUCGAACGUUGAUCUAUCACUAUAUGGACGACAUAUUGUUAGCUCAGUCAACUCCUUUUCUACCCCAACAGAAACAAGAGCUGACCGAACAACUCGGGAAGAUGGGCUUAAUAAUAGCUCCAGAAAAAGUGCAAGAAAGCAGCCUGUGGAAGUACUUAGACUGGCAAAUCACUGAUACUAUGAUUCAACCGCAAAAACUGUCAAUACACAUGGACAUUCGAACGCUUAAUAAUGCCCAACGAUUAUUGGGCGACCUGCAAUGGCUAAGACCAGUGGUUGGUAUUCCUAACGAGUUGCUAAACCAACUACGCCCGCUGUUAAAAAGAACUGACCCUACAGCACCUGUUCAGCUCACUGCACAACAAAACCUAAUCCUGCAACAGAUAGCAACUCUAAUUACCACCCGUUCUACCCAUCGACGCUUUGAAGACCUGCCUAUUGAUCUAACCAUCCUAUGUGGAGACCAAUACUUAAUGGCAGCCCUAACCCAGCAAAAAAUAAAAAUGGGGGAGAAAGAAGGGAUCACCGUGGUAUUAGAAUGGAUCGUUCCUCCGUUGCAGCCAAGGCGUACGAUACAAGAAAAGGUAGCUACGCUAGCGGAAUUAAUCAAAAAAGGCCGGCGCCGUAUCUUACAAGUAGAAGGCGCUCCGCCAAAGACAAUAUGGAUACCCAUAAAACAGACAGACUUAGAGUGGUACCUGCAGAACUUUGAAGAUCUUCAAACAGCCCUACUUUGCGACGGCGCUGAAAUAAUAACAAAACCACUGUCAUCACCCACCCUCUCAUGGAUGGAAAAUGCGGGUUGGAUAGCUAAGCCGAAACGGUCUAAACAUCCUAUUGCCAACGCCCUCACAGCCUUCACUGACGCUGGUCGUCGAUCCCGGACGGCUGCUAUCACUUGGAAAGAGAAUCAAGAAUGGAGACAUCAAAUUUUACAAACUCAACCAGAGGACUCUUUACAAACUUUGGAGCUUUUUGCGGUAGUAUGGGCAUUUAUCCGUUAG